ACCCCCUCCCUUCAUGAGUGCCCCUCCACGCGUUGAUUGACAGUGUUAUCAAAGAGGUGCUGGAAUGUUAAAUAACUUAUUUCUUCUGCCAUCCACCAGGGCAUAAUUUCACGUGGGGAAUUGUGAGACUUACCGUCUACGUUCGUACAUGCUUUUUAAAAAAAUAAAAAGAGGAAUAAAUAUUUUAGCGAAGAAAACAGUAUGGCAAAGCGGAGUGGAUGCAAGAAGGCAGACGUCAAUACAAAGAAGCUGAAGCAAGUGCUGAAAGCAAAGGGUGGAAAAACAAAAGAGACGUCCAAGAGAAAAGAUGCAGGUGCUGAUGGCAGUGCAAAAGAGGAGGCGAUGCUCAAGAGGAGGGUUAUUCCGAAACCACGUUCCUCCUCAGGCCACGGAAUUGGGAAUACCACAAAAAUUAUCACCAGCAAACACUUCCAAUCCCAGGUGAAGGUGGAGGAUCCACCCAGCAACAAUAAUUAUGAUGAAAAGAUGAGCUCAGCAGCCCCAGUGACAGACGAUGUAAAGGAAGAAGAGGAGGAGGAGAGUGAGGAAGAGGAGGAUGACUGGGAGGAGGUGGAAGAACUGGCUGAGCCUCUGAGUCCAGCUGAAACCCCAGAACUCGUCCUGCCAUCUCAGCCUGUAGAGAUCGAAAUUGAAACCCCAGAAAUCAGGAAAAAACAGAAGAAAAAGGCAGAGUUUGAGAUGUACCUGAGACGGAUGAUGAACCGUUACAGGAAGGACCUGCUGAUCGACACGCACAAGGUGCACCUCAUGUGUCUCUUAGCCAGCGGGAUGUUCCGCAACCGCCUGUGCAGUGAACCCGACCUGCUGGCCGUCACGCUGUCGAUGCUUCCUGCUCACUUUAGCGCGGUCGCCAAGGAGCGUAAAGACCAGAACUACCUCUCUGGGCUGCUAAAAUGGUUUCAAGCAACUUUCACCCUCAACCCCAGUCUUCCCUAUGAAGAGCGUCCAAACCCUCGCACACUGCUGGAGAAACGUCUGGCAAGCCUGUCGGCAAAGAACCACCAAGAGAUGACUCAUCUGUUUAUGCUGGUCUUGAGGUCUUUGCAGCUCUUCUGCCGGUUGGUUCUUUCUCUACAGCCUGUUCCUUUCAAACCUCCACCAGCCAAGGGCAAAGAGGCCACAAGCGCCACUAUCUCACCAGCAAAGACAAACCAAAACCAGGGAACUUCAAAGACCAGCUCACCUGAAAAGAAAGUCUCCCCGGGCUCUAAGAGGUCAGCUGAAAGAGCAAAGAUCGACGGAGACAGGGGAGGGAAAAAAGCAAAGAGAAAACCAUCUCAGGGAGAGGAAGAAGAGGGGGCAGAGAAAAUGAUGUCGCCAGGAGGCCCAAGACCAAAGAACUCCAAACGGCGUAGCAUUGCAUCAAAGGUCAGCUACAGGGAAGAGAGCAACAGUGACAGUGAGGAGGAACUUAGUGAUGAAGACUUUCAAGUGUCCCCUGAAGAGGACAGUGACGAUUCAGAGAUUGGGACCAAAUCUGCCAAGGGAGUAAAGGGUAAAGACAGCAGAAAAAGCAAAGAUAUAAACGACACUAAGAAUAUAGCCCAAAAGAAAAAGAGCAGUGUAGGGAAAAAUGAGGAUGGAGAAAAGGGACUGGCGGCCAGCAAACCAAAGCGACAGAGUGCGAAGAAGAACAAUGGUGUCGGAGCUGAUGAGUGGUUGGAGGUGUUUGUUGACAAAACCUCCUCCUGGGUGUGUGUGGAUGUGGAGCACGGGGUGGGCGUGCCUCACCUCUGCUCCCAGAAUGCAACACGGCCCGUCACGUAUGUGGUGGGUGUGGACGGAGACGGCUUUGUGAAGGACCUGGGUCGGAAGUACGACCCCACCUGGAUGACGUCGAGCAGGAAGAGGAGAGUGGAAGAGGAAUGGUGGGAGGAGACUCUGCAGCCGUUCCUGAGACCCGAAGAUGAGCGGGACGCGAAAGAGGAUAAAGAGAUGCAGAAGAAGCUGCUGAACAAGCCUUUGCCCAUCUCCAUCGCCGAGUACAAAAACCACCCGCUGUACGCGUUAAAGAGACACCUGCUCAAGUACGAAGCCAUCUAUCCCGACACAGCCGCCGUACUCGGAUACUGCCGAGGAGAGCCGGUGUACUCCAGAGAUUGUGUGCACACGCUACAUUCCAAAGACACAUGGCUGAAAGAAGCACGAACGGUCCGAAUAGGAGAACUACCCUACAAGAUGGUGAAGGGCUUCUCAAAUCGUUCCCGAAAGGCUCGGAUGAUGACUGAGCAGAAGGAUGAAAAUGACCUUGCUCUGUUUGGAGAAUGGCAGACGGAGGCAUAUCAACCUCCCAUCGCUGUGAAUGGAAAGGUUCCCCGCAAUGACUACGGCAACGUCUACUUGUUUAAGGCCUGUAUGCUGCCGGUGGGCUGCGUUCACCUCAGGCUGUCCAAUCUGCACCGUGUGGCCAAGAAGUUAGACAUGGAUGCCGCCCCCGCCGUCACUGGCUUUGACUUUCACGGGGGGUAUUCACAUGCGGUCACUGAUGGCUACAUUGUGUGUGAGGAGCAUGAGGAGAUCUUAAGAGCUGCCUGGGAGGAAGAACAAGAGCUUCAAAAACAGAGGGAGAAAGAGAAAAGAGAAAAGAGGGUCAUCUCCAAUUGGACGCUGCUUGUCAAGGGCCUUCUGAUCAGAGAACGUCUGAAGCAGCGUUACGGCAAGAAAGGCCAGGCCACCGGGGCCCUCGCUGCACCUAGUGCAGACGGAGACAAGUGUGAUGGACUUUCAUCGGAUGAGGGGGGUGUCGGGGAGGAGGAAAAUUCCAGCGCUAAAUCUGUGUCAGAGACACUAGCUAUGUCUUGGCCCCAAAACAGGCAAGCAGCGGAAGAGAAAGGGGGGAGUUUCAGUGGGCAGAAGACAAAGCGGGAGAGGAGAGGCAAAGAGAAACAUUUGUUCCCCUUUGAGAAAACGUGAUGCAUGUAUGUCAAUUUGUACUUUUCAAGUCACCGUUCACUCCAUGCUGCUCUGUAUACACACUUUGUAUGCCUACAGCAAGUCAUAGGUGGUUUUAUGGAUGAGUAAAUAAUAUGUAAAAAUACGGUAAUAAACAUAUUUUACAUGU